GCCGCCGACCCGGGCGCCGGGCUCCCUCCGCCCACCCGGAGGCGGCUGCGGAGAGGCGAGCCCCGAGCGAGUGCGCGGCGAGGCGGGCCGCAGGGAGGCAGGCGCGAAGUGGGCGCGAGGGUGGCCGCGGGAGGGAGCCGCCGCCCCUGCCCGCCCGGAUCCCUGCGGGGCGCAUGGGGCGCUUCGAGCCGGGAGCGCACGCGGGCCCCGGGCCCCGCUUCCUGCUGCCGUGAGCAGCCGCGCCGGGAAGCCCCGAGACCCCGAGCCGCCGGGAGGAUGACCAUGGCCGGGGGCAGGAGGGGACUGGUGGCCCCGCAGAACACGUUUCUGGAGAACAUCGUCCGGCGGUCCAAUGAUACUAAUUUUGUGUUGGGGAACGCGCAGAUAGUGGAUUGGCCUAUCGUGUACAGCAAUGAUGGAUUUUGCAAGCUCUCUGGCUAUCACAGGGCAGAAGUUAUGCAAAAAAGCAGUACCUGCAGUUUUAUGUAUGGGGAGCUGACUGAUAAAGAUACAAUUGAAAAGGUGCGGCAAACAUUUGAGAACUAUGAGAUGAAUUCCUUUGAAAUUUUGAUGUACAAGAAGAACAGGACACCUGUGUGGUUCUUUGUGAAAAUUGCUCCAAUUCGAAACGAACAGGAUAAAGUGGUUUUAUUUCUUUGCACUUUCAGUGACAUAACAGCUUUCAAACAGCCAAUUGAAGAUGAUUCAUGUAAAGGCUGGGGGAAGUUUGCUCGGCUGACCAGAGCGCUGACAAGUAGCAGGGGUGUCCUGCAGCAGCUGGCUCCCAGCGUGCAGAAAGGCGAGAACGUGCACAAGCACUCCCGCCUGGCCGAGGUGCUGCAGCUGGGCUCAGACAUCCUUCCCCAAUACAAGCAAGAGGCACCAAAGACUCCCCCUCACAUCAUCUUACAUUACUGUGUUUUUAAGACGACAUGGGAUUGGAUCAUCUUGAUUUUAACCUUCUACACAGCCAUCUUGGUCCCUUACAAUGUCUCCUUUAAAACCAGGCAGAACAAUGUGGCCUGGCUGGUUGUGGAUAGCAUCGUGGAUGUCAUCUUUCUGGUGGACAUUGUGUUGAAUUUUCACACCACCUUUGUUGGACCAGCUGGGGAGGUGAUUUCCGACCCCAAACUCAUCCGCAUGAACUAUCUGAAGACGUGGUUUGUGAUUGAUCUUCUGUCCUGUUUGCCAUAUGACGUCAUCAACGCUUUUGAGAACGUGGACGAGGUUAGUGCCUUUAUGGGUGAUCCAGGGAAGAUUGCUUUUGCUGAUCAGAUUCCACCACCCCUGGAGGGGAGAGAGAGUCAGGGCAUCAGCAGCCUGUUCAGCUCUCUGAAAGUCGUCCGGCUGCUCCGUCUGGGGCGAGUGGCCCGGAAACUGGACCACUACAUUGAGUACGGAGCUGCUGUGCUGGUCCUACUGGUGUGUGUGUUCGGGCUGGCUGCUCAUUGGAUGGCCUGCAUUUGGUACAGCAUCGGGGACUAUGAGAUCUUCGAUGAGGACACCAAGACCAUCCGCAACAACAGCUGGCUCUACCAACUGGCCAUGGACAUUGGCACCCCUUACCAGUUUAACGGGUCUGGCUCAGGGAAAUGGGAAGGUGGUCCCAGCAAGAAUUCUGUCUACAUCUCCUCGUUGUAUUUCACCAUGACCAGCCUCACCAGCGUGGGCUUUGGAAACAUCGCCCCGUCCACAGACAUCGAGAAGAUCUUUGCAGUGGCCAUCAUGAUGAUUGGCUCACUUCUGUAUGCCACCAUCUUCGGGAAUGUGACGACCAUUUUCCAACAGAUGUACGCCAACACCAACAGGUACCAUGAGAUGCUCAACAGCGUUCGGGACUUCCUGAAGCUCUACCAGGUGCCAAAGGGAUUGAGUGAGCGAGUCAUGGAUUAUAUCGUGUCCACCUGGUCCAUGUCCAGAGGCAUUGACACGGAGAAGGUCCUGCAGAUCUGUCCCAAGGACAUGAGAGCUGACAUCUGCGUGCACCUGAACCGCAAGGUGUUCAAGGAGCACCCUGCUUUCCGGCUGGCCAGCGACGGCUGCCUGCGGGCACUGGCCAUGGAGUUCCAGACGGUACACUGCGCCCCGGGGGACCUCAUCUACCACGCAGGAGAGAGCAUCGACAGCCUCUGCUUCGUGGUCUCCGGCUCCCUGGAGGUGAUCCAGGACGACGAGGUGGUGGCCAUCCUAGGGAAAGGAGAUGUGUUUGGAGAUGUGUUCUGGAAGGAAGCCACCCUUGCCCAGUCCUGUGCCAACGUUAGGGCCCUGACCUACUGUGACCUGCACGUGAUCAAACGGGACGCCCUGCAGAAAGUGCUGGAGUUCUACACGGCCUUCUCCCACUCCUUCUCCCGGAACCUCAUUCUCACCUACAACUUGAGGAAGAGGAUCGUGUUCCGGAAGAUCAGCGACGUGAAGCGGGAAGAGGAAGAGCGCAUGAAAAGGAAGAACGAGGCCCCCCUGAUCCUGCCCCCGGACCAUCCUGUCCGGAGACUCUUCCAGCGGUUCCGGCAGCAGAAAGAGGCCAGGCUGGCGGCCGAGAGGGGGGGCCGGGACCUGGAUGACCUGGACGUGGAGAAGGGCAGCGUCCUGGUGGAGCACGCCUCGGCCAACCACAGCCUGGUGAAGGCCAGCGUGGUCACGGUGCGCGAGAGCCCCGCCACGCCCGUGUCCCUCCAGACCUGCCCCCCGGGGGCGGGGGCGCCGGACCUCGCCAAGCUGCACGCGCCCGGGUCCGAGUGCCUGGGCGCCAAGGCCGGCGACUGUGCCAAGCGCAAGGGCUGGGCCCGCUUCCGAGAUGCCUGCGGGAAGGGCGAGGACUGGAACAAGGUAUCCAAGGCCGAGUCCAUGGAGACGCUCCCCGAGAGGACCAAGGCGGCCGGGGAGGCCACUCUGAAGAAGACGGACUCGUGCGACAGCGGCAUCACCAAGAGCGACCUGCGCCUGGACAACGUGGGCGAGGCCAGGAGCCCCCAGGACCGGAGCCCCAUCUUGGCCGAGGUCAAGCACUCCUUCUACCCCAUCCCCGAGCAGACGCUGCAGGCCAGCAUCCUGGAGGCCAAGCUGGAGCUGAAGGAGGACAUCAAGGCCCUGCACACCAAGAUGACCCACAUCGAGACACAGCUGGCCGAGAUCCUCAGGAUAUUAGCGUCCAGAAGGUCCUCCCAGUCCCCCCAGGAGCUGUUCGAAAUAUCCGGGCCCCACUCCCCAGAAUCUGGGAGAGACAUUUUCGGCGCCAGCUGAGCGGUCUGUUCGUGAACAGUCAGAGACAAAAACCGACCCCCUCGCCCUAGGCAACACCCCCACCACACACACCUACAUGAGCAGCAACUCUCAGAGCAGGCUCUUCCCGACAGAAAACCAAAGUGGGACCAGUUGCUUAGGCACACGCUCUCCUUCCGUCAAAGGCGCGGGAGGAGAGUGUGCAUCGGAACUGUCUUUGCACAAUUUCAGAAGAGGGGGCAUGCGGUCUAAAGGGUGUUUCCCUUCAUUUUUAAUUUUUUACUGCCGUGAUAUUAGUAAAAGAUGAAAACUACCAGAAAAGAGCGGCUGCCAUUUGGACAUUGGUGGGGGAGCAACGGGUUUGGCUCCUUCUCCCAGUCCCCAAAGACUGUGGUGGGCAGAGGAUUUCCCAGCAUUCCCUGUCCUUGUACAGCCUGUGUCUGGCAUCACCAUCUAUUUUCCUACAGUCGUCGUUUGUAACGAGCUCGGGGCCAGGGGAGUUGGAGGGACAGGAAGGGGGGCGCCUUUCAACUUCCUGUCUCUAAUGGUUUAGGCCAGAAAGCAGCUGAGGUGCUGUGGGUGCAUCCCACAGACAGAGCCGGGACUCCCCGGCUCCUUUCUCCAAAGAGGUGGACCAAGCGUCAGAGCUGGAGAGGGCCCCCUGGGAUCCAGGGAUUCUCCGCAGCUGGCUCCUAGGAUGUUCCGAGGGGAGGGCUCUGGGGGCCCCAGAUGAAUUUUGGCCUUGCUUCACGCCACUGGCCUCAUCACCAGGCCCCUUUGCUUCCUGUCCUUCUCCGCCUCUCCCCGCGUGCUCCUGUGGCGUUCCUCAGGGUAUGGGCAGGAAGGGUGAUGAGCCCAGAGUUGCUUCAUUAGCCAAGCAGACACACAUAACCUCAGAAAAAUGAUUGUAGCAAGUGCUAUGUUUCUAUUAUCAUUCUCAUUGGGAUUGCCCUUCAGAAUUCUGGAUUUUUUCCGCUGCAUGGGGUCGUUCUAGGACACGUAGGAGCCAGGCUUGGCCUUAUUUUAAAGCUACUCUCUUUACCUCCUACUAGAGUCAGUAGGACUUCAAAAAGAUUGCAGGGCCAUGAUGGUCCUCGCUUCCGGAGCUGGGAAAAGAGAACGGGGCAGUGGGUCUUCCAGAAGUCUCUGUGAGGUGGUGGGGAGAGGUGGCCGUGGAGCCAUGGUCCGUAGGGAAGGUCUGAGCUCAGAAUGAUGAUCGUGGGGCCGCCUGUGGGCCAUCCAAGUCCCUGUGCCACACUCCUCGGGGACUCUCCACUGCUUCCUACGACCUGGGGCAGGUCAUUCCUGUGCUUGGGCUGCUGUCAUCGGUGUCUGGAAAGGCAAGAGAAGAGUUCCCUCCCAAGCAAAGUGGGGCUCGCCCAGGUGUCGGCCCUGCAGAGAGGAACCAGGAUCCUUAAAAACUGACAAGCAAGGUUGGAAGUUCAGUUCUAAGAACUCAGCUCUGGGAGAGUUAGACCGGCAUGCAGGUGGUCUGGCCUGUGAGUGACAGCAUGGCGUGCCAGGGCCCUGGCCUCUGAGCCUGCUACGCUGUGGCAGCUCUCUUAGCACCUGUGCCCACAGUGCCUUGCUGCAGAGAACCUGGACCCCAGCGCUGGUUUCCCUGGGACUGAGGGGACCCGACAGGUCAGGACCUGCCCCAGCAGAGAUAGUCAGUGGCCGUGGCGCGACCCAGGACUUGGCCCUCAGUCAUCUGGGCAGAGUGGAGCUGUCCUCUCCUGGCUCCCAGGGUUGGCACAGACGGCCCUGGGCAGCCAAGUCUGGAGGUCAAGGCCAGGGACCUUCCCCAGGGGGCCCGCGUUCUCACGCGAGGCUUACAGGGGUGGCCCCAGGCUUCCCGAGGCUGAGAAAUGAUUAGAUUGAACCUCAGAUGGAAGCCUAGAGAGAAGAGGAAGUGAGAUUUCCUGAGGCCGAGUCAUGAUGGUUUGUGAUCCUGGGUAAAACCACGGGCUCUCAGCUUCUUUAAGUUGAGAAGCUGCCAAUGAGUCCUUGAGCCAGAGGCUAUAAAAUAUCCAGAAUCCCAUCUAUCAGCUUUUCCAGAAACGUUCCAGCUUGCCUUUCCUUAAACAUGCUCCUCACCUGCUGGAAUCCCAAAGGUUCGGGGCUGCUGCAUUUAAAGGAGGCACGGGCCUGACCACUAGCAGCCAGCUUCAGACGCACCUGCCCACUCUCCAGGCUCCCGCCCAGCCCUUCCGCCUCCUGUCAUCUCCGCCUGAGGGGCACAGGUGUCCAUUCAGAAAUCACUCCCCAUCUGGGUCUGAGGGGCUAAGAUGCUGAUGCCUGAGGCUCUGAAGCCCAGACUUUUUUCGGGGGAAAUGAAGCUUCAUGAAUGCGUUCCUAGGAUUGACCCUUAGGACUCAAACUGGGCUUGACUGGAAGCCCAGGCCUGUUCAUCUUGAGGUCACAGGGCCCACGGCACGUGACAGCGAGAGCACACGUGUCUGUAUAUGCUUUUGUUCUCCAUUUAAGGGUUUUAGGGACUUUUGCUGUAAUUGUUUUCUCGGGGGGGGGGGGGGGUUUAAAUGAGCCAAACCUUCUCUUCUUUCAUGUUUAUGACAUGCACUGGGUCGGAGGCCGCUUUGUGCUAACCACCUGCGCUUGCCUGAACGCUGCUCUGGGCUCCCAGUAAGGACCGAGAGCUUCACAUCCCAAGCAAUGGCUGAACCUUCCCCUGUAAACCAGGCCAUGACCCUCCGAAGGCCUGAGAAAGGGAGCGUUUUAAGAGGGUUAGUGGGUAAGGUUUUAGCACUAGAGGAGAGGAGCCUGCUGCUAAAGCAGCGGUUCUCAACCUGUGGGUCGCGACCCCUUUGGCGGUCGAACGACCCUUUCACAGGGGUCGCCUAAGACCAUCCUGCAAUCAGAUAUUUACAUUAUGAUUCAUAACAGUAGCAAAAUUACAGUUAUGAAGUAGCAACGAAAAUAAUUUUAUGGUUGGGGAUCACAACAUGAGGAACUGUAUUUAAAGGGCCAGAAGGUUGAGAACCACUGUGCUAAAGGAAGGGGUUAGAAGAGGGCAAAGGUAGAUACAGAGCAGGUGGCGCAAUAGGGUUAGGGGAAGCCACAGUUGGUGCUGCCAGGUAAGAGGCCUCAGAGGCUUUUAAAUCUCCUUUUAGUCAUUUAGUAGCUUCAGUUAACUUAGAAAUGGCAUUUGUAAAGAGGCCUGAAUCUGUUUAGAAGCCUCUGAGUACCAAUUAACGUCGCUUUCCCAUUCAGAUCCUGUAGUUCUACUGCCGCGAUCUUCUCUAAUCUAGUCCUGAGAAAAGUCUGGGGAGAUUGAGAGUUCUGCAUAAUGACCACUGACGUGGUAAAUAGUCUCCAGUAAGGUUGCUCCAUAUAGUGAAAAACUGCACAUGAAGCAAAACUAACUUUUAACAUAAAGCCAGCUGGGGUGCCUGAAGGAGGGCCACCCUCAGGGCAUUCAGAUGCCUGGGCCCCCAUUUCUCAGAGGUAUUCUUGGGAGCAAAAGAAACAUUCCUGACUAGUCUGAAGGGGGCGCUUUCAGGUUGGGAGUUGUUUUGUUUCACUACUAGGACAACUAGGACAGCGUGCCUUUCACGGAUACGUUUUGUGUUUUGUUUUUUUUCUCCUAGAGAAUGACUUUUGCUCUAGUUGUUCCACUCAGGCCCAGGUGUCCCUCGUUUCACAGAAAUUUUCCUGGCUGUUGGCAGGCAACCUGAUGUCAGUCUGGCCUUUCUGUGACCCAUUUAUCCUCUCACAGUCUUUUGCUUCAGAGACCAAAACUCUCACAAGGAGGUGGUGAGAACUCUGCUAAGAUUUAUUUGCUGGACCCAUGACCAUUGAUAUUUUUCAUUUUUGCUCUCAAAAAUUCCAAAGUAAUUAUACCAAAAUCCUAGUGCACUUCUAACAAGGAAACAAACGAGUAGAAUGGCCGCUGAAAUCGAAGGAAUGAAGCAGUUAAAUAGGUUCUGAAUAAAGAGGGAGAGGGAGGUCAGAAUCCCAGAGGAGACUCCCCAAACCGGAAAUGAGGGAGACUCCCAGAGGCUAUGGGCACAGAGGGGCUCAUCAGGGUACCCCCCUCUAUUCUGAAGGAACUGCCAGGGUCGCUGUCCUUUGCAGGUCGUUUCUUUUGGGUCCCACUUCUGACACCAAGGAAUGUGACCUAAAUAAACAGGCAAGCUCAAAACUGUCAAAAAAAAGGAUGAAUUUGGGAAUAACAGAGGAAUUGCUAUUCGGGACAAGCAAACUGUAGCAAACUACAGGCGAGUCCUAAAUGGCAGUUCCUCGGCCAUUCCUGAGAACUCAUCUUCUUUGGCAAUUCUGAGCUUGCCUCUUUAUUCAGGUCGACAAAGCCAACUGUCAGAUUUUUGUCCAAGUCUGUGUGGGGACUACCUGAAAGCCUUAAGAAUGCCGGGUGUAGGAAGAACCUUGCCUCCCCUUGUGCACCUUCUGGGAAAUCCUGGGUGGAGAUGCGAAUUGAAGUGCAUUUGACAAAGUCCAAUAACGAUGUUUAGCCUUAAGACCCUUGAAUGGAACUCCAACUCUACUGGAGCUGCCAACACUCCUUCCCCUUUCUUCCCCCUCACAUAGCGUUGCUUAAAGAGGAGGCCACUGUGGGCCCACUGGGCCCCGGGCAGCCUCUCUUCUGUGUAAAUCAUUGUACUGUCUUCUCGCUCGCUUCGGUAAAAAUUACCUUCACCAGCUCUUGUGCCCUCCAACUGGAGGAGAUUUCAGUGUCCUCUCAGCACCGAUGGCAGCCGUCAGAGAAAUCACCAUUUUCUUGAGAACCAAGGUGUUCAUGUGGAGAAGUUUUCAUUUCCACACCCCGAAGUUCAAUGUGAAUUUACCUGAAGCUUAGUUUCACAUGAAACCUCUUCACGCGAGCUUCUCAGACUCAUUCUGGAACCUCCAGAACUGGACUUGAAUAACCUGCAGGUGCCGGACCGGGGGAGGCCCUCCUGGCCCACCAUCAAACCCUUCCUAGAGCCAUUGUCUCUUUCUCUGUGACUUCUGGAUCCAUUAGUUGUACCAUGAGGAGCUCACGGGUCUUGUAUCAGGAUAUGAACUACCUUUGUGUUGAGAAAGAUUCAAACGCCCCGGAUGAAUGUAUUCUCUUAAUAUUCAGACGCUGUAUUUCUGCAUCAGUUGGGACUGUCCCCAUCCGACAUCCUGCCAACACUGCAAGGACACCUACUCAUGGGCAGUUUGUCAUCCUGGGGCUUCUCCUUAUAUUAACACUCUUUCCAUUGAGUCCUGCCAAAUCCUGCAUUGGGUUUUCUUUUUCCUUGGCAUCUGUCACUCUGUCCAAAUGAGCAUGAAGAAACACAAGUGCAAAUGAGCCGAUACUAUUUUUGUGGCAGGUGGAGGAUGCUGCCAGGAACUCCCUUGUAUGUCUGCAACUUGGGAAUGUUAAGAGGAACAUUUGGGUCCCUCCAUUGAUGAUAUUCCCUUCUCAACAUUUUUAAACAAGCACAAAUGAUAUUUGUAAAAAAAAAAAUGUUUAAUUUUAUUUAUUAUGGUAAUAAACUAUUUUAUACAUGACA